AUGGAAUUCCAAUGGGAGAAUCAAGCUCGAAGAUUACAAGAAACUGAUGCGCAGCCCAUUCAAGCUGCAUCUCUGAAGGUGGUCUCUAAAGAGUUGAGACAAGGGAGUUCCAUAUUUGCAAUUUGUCUGCAGUCACUCGAAGAAGUACCACGGAAAGAUGUUCAACCGGAUAUGCAGCUCGUAUUGGAGGCUUAUGCUGACAUUUUUCAAGAACCAACGCAGUUACCACCAAAGAGGGAGGUUGACCACUGCAUCCCUCUUAUAGAAGGUCUUACAGGCUACUACCGAAAAUUUGUUCGUAAUUAUGGGAUAUUGGCGCGACCACUCACUAAUCUGUUGAAGAAGGGGCAGUUCGGGUGGACAGAUGAAGCUGAGACAGCAUUCACUUUCCUCAAACAGGUUAUAACUUCUACUCCUACUCUUGCUAUGCCUAACUUUAAUGAGCCAUUUGUUAUUGAAUCUAAUGCUUCAGGAGAGGGAAUUGGCGCGGUUCUAACUCAACAAGACAAAUUAACGGCUCUUCCCGCUUUACUUGGAAUUAGGGUCUCCGGGGAGAGAAUUAGGGAUUUGAGAUGGAAUCAGGGUCUUGGGAUAGACAGAGGGGGGAAGAGGGCUAGGGUUUCGGAGAUUGGAGCUCUCUCGAGGCUAAUGGCGGCGAAGAGCAGGCAGGAGCUUGGGAUUGAAGGCCAAAGGCACCUGGAGGAGACCAUCAACGCGGCGUUCCAGAUCCUCUCCUCCAUGAACGACGAGCUCUGCAACCCCGCCCUUUGGUCCACAUCCCCCGCGGCCGCCCACCCGCCGGCCAGCGGCGACGGCUCCUCCGACUCCUCCUCCCACCACUCGGAGGUCUCCACCGGCGGAGGAGGUGGAGGCGGCGGGGGAGCGCUCGAUGAGGCCCGCCUCCGCUACAAAUCCGCCAUCGCGAACCUGCGUGCUGUCAUUGCCGCCAUUCCCAGCUCUCCCCAGGAGACAGGUGCAUUGGAAGCCAAAGCAGAUCCGGCUGAAAUACAAAGAUUAGAAGAGCGUGUUUCAGAUCUAAGAAAGGAGCUUGAAAACAAGAACAAGUACCUUAAGCAUCUUAUUGAUCAACUUCGAAGUCUGAUUACUGACAUAUCAAUGUGGCAAAGCCCCUGUUCAGCAUGAAACUUGAGCCAGAUAAUUAGCUGUUUACUUCAGUCUCUUUUUUCCCCCACUUAUUUUGUAUACAACUUUUAGAAAUACAGCUAAUGUAUUUUAUUUUUAUGUUGAAACUAUGUGAAUUUUUUACGUUGCAUCUAUUUACAAUUGGACAAGGAAGAAAAGAAAAGGAAUAAUAUUUCUUAGGUAUUGCGUCUA